UUGAGUGACAAGAAAAUUGUUAAGGUGGUUUUUAACUGUCAGUACCUUUUGCAAUUAGCAACACGUGUAACAGAGCUUAGACCCGAGAUUUUCAGAGAACGAAGGGGACAACGUCUAGGUCAGACGUAUCUAAUCGGAGUACGCGUUCAAAGCGAGCUUUAUUUUGUAGUAGCACGUCUUCGCAACAGGUAGUCGGUCUUCCAUCAUCUUAACGAAAAAACCAUCAUGGAAAUUUUAUAACAGCAUCGGUCCAUCAGUUCAGUGUUCCUUUUUGAGUUUGAAUUUUCUUCUCUAUGUGCUCCAAAACAAUUUCCUGUAAAAUGUGAAAGUAUGUUGUGAUCUUUCAAAUGUAAAAUUAAAAGUGAAGAUAGAUACCAGAAUGAAGUACCGAUUUUACAAUAGUUUGAUCAGAACUUUUUGGUUGAUUAUUUUGAAAGAAGUGACUCUUUCCUGGAUGUAGUCUUCUGAGUCAGUUUUGCAGUGCUUCUUCUAUUAUUUCGAAAGUCUAAAGGAAUAUUGAGUGAUCCUGAAAUUGUUCAGCAGAAAUGGAGAAGUUAGAGAAUGGAAUUUAUAAGCAAAAUGAAUACACAAACGAGGCCUUCCAGAUGGAAGAUCAUCUCGAUCAAAAAGAGAAUAAUUUUUCUGAUAUAGAAAAGUCAUUGAAACCCGAACAACAGAAAGAUCCUCCAGAAAACGACUCAUCGAGGGAAGAAUGGAGCGGAGGAUUGCAAUUUCUAAUGGCAUGCAUCGCCACGUCUGUAGGUCUCGGAAAUGUGUGGAGAUUUCCAUUCACUGCUUAUGAAAAUGGAGGCGGUGCUUUUUUAAUACCUUACAUCAUCGUUUUAUUGUUUGUGGGAAAGCCCUUCUACUUUUUGGAGGCUCUUCUCGGUCAGUUUACUAAUAGAUCAUGUGCGAAGACAUGGGCUAUGGUACCUGCAAUGAAAGGUCUAGGAUACGGACACGCAUUCACAGCAACCUGCGUAGUCUCCUACUACUGCUCUCUAAUGGGUCUAACACUCUACUACCUAGUAGCAAGUUUCCAAGCUGAACUACCUUGGUCCUAUUGUCGAGAAGAAUGGCAGGGUCAAUGCGUUGACGCCGUUUCGAAGGACAACGACAUUAACAGAAACUCACAAUUAAUUAAUAACGCUACCAUUCACAGUUCUGCAGAGUUAUACUUCAGAAAGAUAGUCCUAAACGAAUACGACUCCAUCGAUGACGGAAUUGGUGUUCCCUCCUGGCAGCUGACUAUCUGCUUAUUCAUCAGCUGGGCGACGAUAUUCAUCGUGCUCUCCCGGGGAAUAAAGAGCACGGGAAAGGCCGUGUAUUUUUUAGCAAUAUUUCCUUAUGUGGUUAUGAUAGCUCUGUUGAUUAGAGCGGUGACCUUGGAGGGUGCGGUCGAUGGGAUUCUGUUUCUGGUUACUCCCAAAUGGGACAAAUUGUGGCAACCUAAUGUGUGGUACGCGGCCAUCACUCAGUGCUUCUUCUCUCUGUCGGUUUGCUUUGGGCCUAUUCUCACUUAUUCCUCCUACAACAAUUUUGGACAUAACAUUAGCAGAGACGUUUUAAUAGUAACCACCCUGGACACCUUCACCAGCCUAAUGGCUGGCUGCACGAUUUUCGGUAUCUUAGGAAACCUUGCGCACGAGAUAGGCACCAAAGACAUAUCGACAGUCGUUCGUGGCGGUACCGGGCUCGCUUUUAUUUCUUAUCCAGAAGCUUUAGCCCGUUUCAAAGUAGUUCCUCAACUGUUCGCUGUGCUCUUCUUCGUGAUGAUGUUCGUCCUCGGCGUUGGUAGCGCGGUCGCCCUCUGCGGCGCCAUCUUCUGCAUCCUUUGUGAUCAUUUCCCUAACAUCAAGCACUGGAAAUUAGUGCUGAUAGUAUCCAUUCUUGGAUUUCUUGUUAGCUUAGUUUAUAUCACUCCAGGUGGUCAGUGGUUUGUGACACUGGUGGAUUAUUUCGGUGGCACGUUCGUGGCGAUAAUCGUAGGAGUGCUGGAGAUGGUCACUGUUUUCUGGAUCUAUGGUUUGUCGAAUUUUAUUAAUGACCUGGAGUUCAUGCUGAGGUCGAGACCCUCUUUUUAUUGGAGGCUCUGUUGGGCUAUUGUUACACCUGUACUGAUGAUUGUUAUACUGAUUUACACCAUCGUUACUUAUGAACCGCCCACAUAUGAUGGACUGCAGUACCCCACAUAUGCUUAUGCUAUUGGUUGGUUCCUGCUGGCUUUGGGCAUUUUAACAAUUCUCAGCUGCAUUCUACAGAAAAUGUUAGAAAAACGAUCAUCUACAUUGCUGGAGACCAUUAAAGCAGCAUUUCGACCUGACGAAGAGAAAUGGGGACCCAAAGACCCCAAAAUCCGCUUGGAAUGGAAAGAGUUUAUAGCGCAGAAGAAUUUCAAAGACCAAGGUGGCUUUGUUCAGACUUUUUUUAAAUAAAUUAUACGA